AUGACAACAAGUCAGAAGUCCAUCGCUAUCGUCAACGGCACUGGACGACAAGCCGCUUCCGUGAUACGUGCCGUCCAGGCAGUGGGAUGGCACGUGAAGGCUCAGAUCUACGAACCACAUCCGCUUGUGAUCGAGGAGCUUGAAGACUUGGACAAUGUGGAAUUGUUCCAGGAGCCUCUCGAGGACAACCAGGCCCUGAUUGAUGGACUAUUCGAAGGAUGUCAGUAUGCCUUCAUCAACACUUUCCCAGCAUACGAUGAGGUCAAGGUAGGCAAGGCAUUAGCAGACGCCGCCAAAAGACAUGGUGUGCAACAUUAUGUUUAUGGCAGCAUGCCAGACCAUUCUAUCUACAAUGCGCAGUGGCCAGGACUACCUAACUGGGCUUGCAAAUUUACUGUUGAAAAUUAUAUUCGAGAAAUAGGAUUGCCUGCAACUUUCCUUUACGCUGGAAUCUACAACAACAAUUUCACGAGUUUACCAUAUCCUCUGUUCUGCAUGGAAUUCAAGGAUGACGACACGUUGCAGUGGCAAGCACCUUUCGAUCCGAACACUAAAUUACCAUGGUUGGAUGCCGAAGCCGACAGUGGUCCUGCUGUGUUACAACUGUUGAAGGAAGGCAUCGCAAAAUGGAAGGACAGAAGAGUCGCCCUGGUUUUCCAGUCCUUAACGCCAAUAGAGGUUUGCCAAGCAUUCGAACGUGCACUCAAUCGACCCUGCCGUUAUGUCCACAACCCUACUAUCGAAAUUCGCGUUCCCAUCCCUGAGAAUUAUCGUCAACAGUUACGCGGCAUAGAGGAACUAUUUGGCAAACACAAAGCACCGUACUUUCCCAACCCGGAAUUCCAGUUUGCACUAGACGAACGGCGCGACAGUGGUGUCAAGCGGAACGGCGAGCGGCCAAAGGUCAACGCUUCUUCAACACAAGGUGGUGGAGACAGGGCAAGCAGCGCCAGCUCACACCGCUCCCGACGAAUAACAAGUGAAGCACGGCGAUUGUGGCCAGGGUUUAGGAGAAUGGAGGACUAUGCCAGGGAGACCUUUCCGAUAGAAGAGGAGGCUAAUGGAAAAACAUGGAUGAAAGAUAAAAGCAUCAGCACCUAG